AUGCACUAUGGGAACUUGAAGUUCAAGCAGAAACAGCGAGAGGAGCAGGCAGAGCCAGAUGGCACAGAAGUGGCUGACAAGGCUGCCUACCUGAUGGGCCUGAAUUCAGCUGACAUGCUAAAGGCACUGUGCUACCCUCGAGUCAAAGUUGGAAAUGAGUAUGUGACCAAAGGUCAAACUGUGCAGCAGGUGCACAAUGCUGUAGGUGCUCUGGCAAAGGCUGUCUAUGAGAGGAUGUUCUUGUGGAUGGUUCUUCGCAUCAACCAACAGCUGGACACCAAGCAGCCCAGGCAGUACUUCAUUGGUGUCCUGGACAUCGCUGGCUUUGAGAUCUUUGAUGUGAGUAACAAAGAUUUGUAAGAGCUGCUUGGAAGU